CGACAUAUCAGAGCGAGCGCGACGACGACAAAAGCAGCCCACAACCCACCCACGUUCGCCGGCAAUGUCAAAUCCCAGGGCAGCAGGACCCUUCUUGACCAGACCAUUCGUGCUCGUUGCGCUGCUGGCCAUCGCGAUACCGUUCAUAAUCACGCGUUUCCAGUCUGACAUUAGUCGCGUCCUGCCAUGGUCCCCGUCUUCUCCCGCCACCACCACCUCCUCUGUUCCCGUCGCACAACCAAGCUCGACAGGCUCGCCCACCACACAGCCAGAUGUUCGUGUGCUUCCUGACUUCGACUAUUCGCGAGAGGAAGAUAUCACACGAUACAGCUUAGGAGGGUACCACCCUGUCAAUAUUGGAGAUGGGUUCAAGGACGGUCGCUACGUUGUCAGACGAAAGAUUGGAUAUGGGGAGUUCUCGACGGUAUGGCUAGCAGAGGACAUACAAGUGAACGAGUUCGUUGCGCUCAAGAUCCUCACGGGCAACAGUACCGAAGGUGGCAUUGACGAAGUCGACGAGAUCAACCUCCUCCUUCGCGCUUCGACUGCGGAUGUAUCACAUCCAGGACACAAACACGUCAUUGGACUGCGAGAUCACUUCUACCACGUCGGGCCACACGGGAAGCAUAUAUGCUUAGUGUUCGACAUGCUGGGCCGAGAUAUAUACGCGCUUCUCCAGCAUUAUGACGAGGCGGUUCCUAUGAACAUCAUCAAGUCCAUCAUUCGGCAGAUAUUCCUUGGAUUGGAUUAUCUGCACACGGCUUGUGGCAUCGUGCAUACAGACUUGAAGCUCGACAAUGUCCUCUUGACCCUUGAAGACCCCUACCCACGCAUCUCAGCUGAUCUUGCUACCAACCCACCCCAAGUCUCCCCGAAGCAGACGAGCGAGUUUCCACCGUAUUCCACAUUUAGCGUAAUCAAGACGCAGCCGCUCCCCGUGUUCGUUCCAUCAAGCGAUGACCCGCAGAUCAAGAUCGUAGACUUGGGUGUCGCCAACUGGGUCGGUAACCACCUCCGAAACGAGAUCCAAAGCCUUGCUCUGCGCUCUCCCGAGGCUCUCCUCCGGGCGCCAUGGGAGACGCCCGUUGAUAUCUGGAGCGUUGCCUGCGUCAUAUAUUACCUCAUGAUGGGCACAGAACUCUUCAACCCGUGGGCUCAAGAAGACCCCUCAUGGAGUACUGAAGAGGAGCUUCUCGCCCAGAUGAUCGAAUACUUCGGACCUGUGCCUCAGAGCCUCGUCAAAUCAGGCAAGUACAGCACCGACUGGCUCGCAGACGACGGCAUGCUGUUGCACGUUGCGGGUAUCGAACCCCAUGCCAACUCACUGCACGCCAACAUCGCAGAGUUCUAUGGUGAGGAGGAGGCCGACGACCUCAUGGACCUCCUGGGGCGUAUGUUCCGCUAUGAGCCUGAGACGCGCGCGACUGCUGCUGAGCUGGCAAAGCAUCCUUGGCUGAACAACUGAGCUUGUCUGUUGUGGUGCGAUUCUUGGAUUUACAAUGACAGACCGCUGCGGAUCUUCACGUCCUUCCUGUUGCAGGGGGCGGAUUCAACGACUAUCUAACGUUCAAUCUUAGUACUAUCUAGAGUUGGAAUGUAAACCUUGCUUCCCCCUUUUUUCGUUUCGCUCUCCUGCCCGUGGAUGCGUGUACCUUGCG